AGUUACUGGAAAACAUGAAGAGGCGUUCCGCGGCUUCUAGGAGGAAGACGGCCUUGAAAAAGUCCCUUCGCCUCCCAGGACCGGACUUCGGGGACAGUUCAGGUCAGGCAACUGGAAGGAGACACGCUCAGACCCGCCGUGGGUGGCCCACCGGCGCCACGACGCCCAGAAAGCCCUGCUGGCGGCGCGCGCGGACCGGGGCUCCACGUGCCCCGUGGGGGUUUCCGCGGCCUCCGGGCGGGGCCGGAAGAGGAAGUCGGCGCGGCAGUGGCGGCUUCAGCAGCCGCGGCGGCCCCCAGCCAAGUCCCGCCGCCGGCUUCUGUGCGGCUCGGCCACUGAGGCAGCGCCGCGACGGGACCCGGAGCCUCCCCCGCCGAGCCGAGCCGCGCCGCCGGACGCCCACCAGACAGAUGGGGCCGCUGCCCAUCCCCGCGGCCGCCCUGCUCUGGGGCUUCCUGCUCCCUCUGACAGCUGCUCAGGAAGCAAUCCUGCAUGCAUCCAGAAACGGCCUGCCUUCACCAUCAAAGGACUACUGCAUGCUGUAUAACCCUCAUUGGACAGCUCUUCCAAGUACCCUAGAAAAUGCAACUUCCAUUAGUUUGAUGAAUUUGACUACCACACCACUGUGCAGCCUUUCUGAUAUUCCUCCUGAAGGAAUAAAGAACAAAGCAGUUGUGGUACAGUGGGGAACCUGCCAAUUUCUUGAAAAAGCCAGAAUUGCACAAACAGGAGGUGCUGAAGCAUUGUUGGUUGCCAAUAACAGUGUCCUAUUUCCUCCCUCAGGGAACAAAUCUGAAUUUCAUGAUGUGAAAAUAUUGGUUGCAUUUAUAAACCACAAAGACUUUAAAGAUAUGAAGCAGGCUCUCGGAGAUAAUAUUACUGUGAAAAUGUAUUCUCCAUCGUGGCCUAACUUUGACUAUACUAUGGUGGUUAUUUUUGUAAUUGCUGUGUUCACUGUGGCAUUAGGUGGAUACUGGAGCGGGCUAAUUGAAUUCUGUAUAACCCAGCAAGGGAUAUUGGGAGAAUUAGAAACAAUGUUUUGCUGUCUUAAAUCAAGGGAAAACAUGAAGGCAGUGACAAACUCUGAAGAUAGAGAAAUGAGGAAAAAGAAGGAAGAAUAUUUUACUUUUAGUCCUUUAACAGUUGUAAUAUUUGUUGUCAUCUGCUGCGUUAUGAUGGUCUUACUUUAUUUCUUCUACAAAUGGUUGGUUUAUGUUAUGAUAGCAAUUUUCUGCAUAGCAUCAGCGAUGAGUCUGUACAACUGUCUUGCUGCACUAAUUCGUAAGAUAGCAUGUGGACAAUGCACGAUUGUGUGUCGUGGCAAAAGCAUUGAAGUGAGACUUAUUUUUCUCUCUGGACUGUGCAUAGCAAUAGCUGUUGUUUGGGCCGUAUUUCGAAAUGAAGAUAGGUGGGCUUGGAUUUUACAGGAUAUCUUGGGGAUUGCUUUCUGUCUGAAUUUAAUUAAAACAUUGAAGUUACCCAACUUCAAGUCAUGUGUGAUACUUCUAGGUCUUCUUCUCCUCUAUGAUGUAUUUUUCGUUUUCAUAACACCAUUCAUCACAAAGAAUGGCGAGAGUAUCAUGGUUGAACUUGCAGCUGGACCUUUUGGAAAUAAUGAAAAGAAUGAUGGAAACUUGGUGGAAGCCACUGCUCAACCCUCAGCUCCCCAUGAGAAAUUACCAGUAGUCAUCAGAGUACCAAAGCUGGCCUAUUUCUCAGUAAUGAGCGUGUGCCUUAUGCCAGUUUCAGUAUUGGGUUUUGGAGACAUUAUUGUACCAGGCCUAUUGAUUGCAUACUGUAGAAGAUUUGAUGUUCAGACUGGUUCUUCUAUAUACUAUGUUUCCUCCACAAUUGCCUAUGCUGUUGGCAUGAUACUUACAUUUGUUGUUCUGGUGCUGAUGAAAAAGGGGCAACCUGCUCUCCUCUAUUUAGUACCCUGCACACUAAUUACUGCCUCAGUUGUUGCUUGGAGACGUAAGGAAAUGAAAAAGUUCUGGAAAGGUAGCGGCUAUGAGAUGAUGGACCAUCUGGACUAUGCAACAAAUGAAGAAAACCCUGUGACUGCUGGUGAACAGAUUGUCCAACAAUAGUAUUAUGUAGACCUGCAAUAAUAUGUUAACUGACAAUUUCUACAAAUAGAGUUUGACUUUUUAAAUUGACUUUUGAUUUGACAAUCUGAAAAAAAUUUUAAUGAUAUGCUUGCAAAUAUGUAUUUUUAAGAACUGGUACUGACAAUUAUGUGUUAAAUAAUUGAAAUAUGUUUGCUUUUAGCUAUGUUAAAGUUGUGCCUUCACAUUAAAUAAAAGCUUAUGGUCUGUGUAA